AUGUUCCUUCCGCUCUUUCCUCCAUUUUCUCCCCACAUUGAUCCCAGCUGCUUUGCCUUCGGCUCCCCUCUCGUGACUGCCUCCUUCACUGCGUCUCAGUUGUGGCAGCUUCGGUUGCGCGGCGGAGCACAGAUAAAAGCUCUCGUGGAUCCCCGCGGUGCUCUGUUUACUGCAGAUAUGCACACUAUUCACCGCGUAAUAUCUCGGUUAUCCUCAACCACGGUGUGCAGUAGUACACCUGCAUCGAGAUUUCUAAAGGAAACAAGUGCUACAUCUGCAUUUGGUGCUGAAGCAAGUCAAUUCAUUAGGGCACGUGGCUUUUCUUUACAGUCGGGCGGUAGUGGUGGUGGUGGUGGUGGAAAUCAGGGAACGAACGAUUGGGAAAAUUCUGCUGCAGGUGGAUCGUCCUUCGGUUCGACCGGGUCUGAUGAUCUGGGAUGGGACUCUGUUUCAUCAUGGUCAACUGGAUUGACCAAGGAUCAUUUUGAUGGGGAGAUGGUUGGCAAGAUGGCAAGUUCAACUGGCAAGGAAAACACAGCUUCUCAGUCGUUGAAGAUAUCUGAGUUGCAGGAUCUUGAUGAUAAGCUAAACGAACUGGAUGCAGAGAACAAGAAAGGGAGGGCUUUUGUUAAUGGAUGGGGGGAGAGAUUACGCGAAAUAAGUGGGUUGUUGAAGCAAGUAGAGGAGCCUGGUGCUAGAGGAUCUUAUCUUAAGGAUUCAGAGAAGGCAGAGAUGUAUCGGUUGCACAAAGAGAACCCUGAAGUGUACACUGUUGAGAAGCUUGCCAAGGACUACAGAAUCAUGAGGCAGAGAGUGCAUGCCAUUCUCUGGCUCAAGGAAGAGGAGGAAGAGGAGAGAAAGCGUGGUCGUAUCCACGAUGACUCAGUCGAACUUUUGCUUGAUACCUGCCCAGAAUUUUUCAAUUCCCAUGACAGAGAGUUUCAUGUAGCAUCUCUUCCUUACAAACCUGAUUUCAAGGUGAUGCCCGAGGGUUGGGAUGGUACAACUCGGGAUCCAGAUGAAGUCCACUAUGAGAUAUCCAUGAAAGAAGAUGAAAUGCUGUACCAAGAGUUUGUCCAGAGGAUGGAAUUCAACAAAAUGAAAAUUGCUGGGAAGGUUAAAUGCCACAAAUAUAGUAGGCGGCGCCCAUCUGAAGGCUGGAACUUCACGGUGGAGAAAAUGGGCCCUCAAGGAAAGCGUGGAGGUGGCGGUGGCUGGAAGUUUGUAAGUUUACCAGAUGGCUCCAGCCGACCUCUAAACGAGACAGAGAAAGUAUAUGUGAAGCGAGAGACUCCACGACGGAGGCGCAAGAUUUUCCCAUGA